AUGGCCGCCGCCGAGGAAGUCACCGGAGGGGCGCGAAAGGCGACGAAAAGCAAACUUUUUGAGUUUCUGGUCCACGGGGUGCUAUGCAGUGCCAAGAGGAGGAAAAUGGCUGACAAAAUCCUCCCGCAGAGGAUCCGGGAGCUGGUCCCUGAGUCCCAGGCAUACAUGGAUCUCUUGGCCUUUGAGCGUAAGCUGGAUCAGACCAUCAUGCGGAAGCGAGUGGACAUCCAGGAGGCCUUGAAGAGACCCAUGAAGCAAAAACGCAAGUUACGGCUUUACAUCUCCAACACGUUCAACCCCGCCAAAUCGGAUGCAGACGAUUCUGAUGGAAGCAUCGCCUCCUGGGAGCUGCGGGUGGAGGGCAAGCUCUUAGAUGAUCUCAGCAAGCAGAAGCGGAAGUUUUCCUCCUUCUUCAAGAGUUUAGUCAUUGAGCUGGACAAGGAUCUCUACGGACCGGACAAUCAUCUGGUGGAGUGGCACCGGACUCCCACCACCCAGGAGACAGACGGCUUCCAGGUGAAGAGGCCGGGGGACGUCAGCGUGCGCUGCACCCUCCUGCUGAUGCUGGAUUACCAGCCCCCACAGUUCAAACUUGACCCCCGCUUGGCUCGCCUUCUGGGGAUCCACACCCAGACGCGCUCUGCCAUUAUCCAGGCGCUGUGGCAGUACAUCAAGACCAACAAGCUGCAAGACUCCCACGACAAGGAGUACAUCAACUGUGACAAGUAUUUCCAGCAGAUCUUUGACUGCCCUCGGCUCAAGUUUUCUGAAAUCCCCCAAAGACUCACCAACCUGCUGCUGCCACCAGACCCCAUAGUCAUCAACCACAUCAUCAGUGUGGACCCCAAUGACCAGAAGAAGACGGCUUGCUAUGACAUCGAUGUGGAAGUGGAGGAUCCCUUGAAAGGGCAAAUGAGCAGUUUCCUUCUCUCCACAGCAAAUCAGCAGGAGAUCACAGCACUAGACAACAAGAUUCAUGAGACAAUUGAAUCCAUCAACCAGCUGAAGAUACAGCGAGAUUUCAUGCUGAGCUUCUCCAGAGACCCCAAAGGAUAUAUCCAAGAUCUUCUCCGGUCUCAAAGCAGGGACCUGAAGGUGAUGACAGAUGUAGUUGGGAAUCCAGAGGAAGAGCGGCGAGCCGAGUUCUACCACGAGCCCUGGUCCCAGGAGGCUGUGAGCAGAUACUUCUACUGCAAGAUCCAGCAGCGACGGCAGGAGCUGGAACAGUCGCUUGGGGUGCGCAACACAUAAGCUGCUGAGGCGGGGGG